AAGGCAAAAGCCUUCACACGCCGGCCGGCUACUUGCUUACUAGUCCAAGUCUAGUACUACUACUCUACUCCGGCCUUGACCCAGCAGCAGCAGGCGUCUUCUUCUCUUCUCCGAUCCACCAUCUUCCUCUUCAUCAAGCGCGGUGGUGCUAGGGCUAGCCUAGAGCUACGUGUCUCAACCUCCCCCUGCGCCAUGUCGUAUAGCACUCGUGCCAUGGAGGAAGAGGGGUUCGGGAAGUCAUGGCUUGGCCUGGGGAUAGGCGGCGGCGAUCUGAUGAAGCGGAGCCGGUCACCGGCGCCGGUGCAGUUCGACCUGAUGCUGUUCCCGCGGAGUGUCAAGGAAGAAGCUGCCGCGACCGCGAGCAAGAAAGCGGAGAAAGGUGCACGGAAGAGGUCGAAGACGACCAUCACCGACGACGAUGGGCAGUCGUCGCAUGGCGGUCCGAGCCCCAGUGACGACGACGUUGCUGUCGGCGCGGGCGCGAGGAAGAAGCUCCGGCUCACCAAGGAGCAGUCCACGCUGCUCGAAGACACCUUCCGCGCCCACAACAUACUCUCCCACGCUCAGAAGCAGGAGCUCGCGCGGCAGGUGAAUCUAAGCACAAGACAGGUGGAAGUGUGGUUCCAGAAUAGGAGGGCAAGAACAAAGCUGAAGCAAACGGAGGUGGACUGCGAGAUACUGAAGCGCUGCUGCGAGAGCCUGACGGGAGAGAACCAGCGGCUGAGGCUGGAGCUCGCGCAGCUGCAGCGGUCGGCGGCGGCGGCGGCUGGGCUCUACGUCCAGUCGUUCCCGGCGCCGGCCACGGCCAUGGCGAGCGCCAUCUGCCCGUCCUGCGACAAGGUCACCGUGACGAGCGGCGGCGGCGAGACAAGCGGCAAGAGCUCCACCAGCUACUCCUCCUGAUAUGCUAGCUCGGUUCAGAUCGGCAGUUGAGAUUUGAUCCUUUGAGCAGAAUGGUUUAGUUUCGGGCUUUCAUGCAUGCCUGAUUUAUUUAUGUAGAUAUAAGUGUGCAUGACAUGCAUGCCACUAAUAACUUUGGUAUAUGCCACUAAUACUGCAUGUUGUUGUAGCAUGCAAGCUAGCCCCUAUAUUAGCUAGAAAUGUUCUCAGAUUAUUGAGAGUCUGCAAUAUGGUUGUAAUCAGUUACGAUCGAUUUGAGUUUUAGUAUAAACUCGAAGAUCAUCAUCUAGCAGUCUAGCUAGCACCAAUUAUGUAGUCACGCCGAUUGUUUGUUAAUUUGUUUAUUUUGUUAUGUUGCGUUAUAUAUUAGCUAUAUAUGCUACUAAUAAGUAAUAACCGUUCUGUCUGA